GAGAGUUCCGAAUUCAGUGCUUCACCGGCGUUACUCCUCAGUGCAUGUCUUGCACUUUACUUCCGGCCAGUUGUUUUCAACAGUAAAUCUUGACGCUCAUCAAAUUUGAUUGUCAAUCACCCAGUGAAAACGUGUUAGACAUUGAACAAUCUACCGUACCUUUACCUUAUUAUUUGCAUACUUCAUUAAUUUUAUUCUGUGUGUAAUAAUUGCGUAAUACGAGUGUUAGACUUCUGUGUUUUUAUGAUGUAAACUGUUUUACUUGAUGCAAAACAUCUUCUUCAGUGCCGAAAUGAUGGAUUCCUCAUGCUCCAAGUUGGUUUUGAGCGUAUGGCUCUUACUCUUCUACAUACAUGGCGGCAUCUGCCUGCGAAACGUGACCAUUGAGGCGCCAUCCUAUGUGCGCCUGGGGGAGCCCGCCACUCUGGUCUGCCACUACGACCUGGAGGAAGGCAGUCUGUAUUCGGUGAAGUGGUACCGGGGUCGACACGAGUUCUACCGCUACUCGCCAGGCGAUCGGCCCACUAACAAGAUUUUCCCUUUUCCCGGCAUCAGUGUCAACCUAGAAAUGUCGAAUGCAACACAAGUCACGCUUACAGAUGUGGGAUUCAAUCUGUCUGGCAAUCUCAGCUGUGAAGUGACAGCCGAAGAGCCUCCCUUCUUCAGAAAUGCAGUCGUUUCUACCUCACUGGUUGUCAUAAAGAUACCAGAGAAAAAGCCAGUGCUUUUCACGGAACAGACUAGAUACAAAGCUGGAGAUGAACUGCAUGCUAAUUGCUCAUCGGCCCCCUCACGGCCCCACGCCACACUCAGCUUUCUGCUCAACAAUCAUCCUGUGGGCACCCCGCAGACCCAGGUGCACACCGCGGAGGGUCAGCUGCAGUGGAGUUCGUUGAGCCUACGCAUGCCGCUCUACCCCUCCCACUUCACCAACGGCGGGCAACUGGUGCUCAAAUGCAUCGCGCUGGUCGCCCACGCCUACCGUGCCACCACCGAACUGCAGCUGGUUGCCGCCGGCAAGGAGCCCGUGCCCGAACGAGUGACAUCACCAAACGCAGCCACUGUCGACUAUACCGUACCGAGCCUCCCUCUGCUAUUGGCUUUCAUCGUGGCUGCUAUCAGAUAGUAAGCAACGUCUACUAUCAACCCAAACGACGUAAAUGUGUCAACACAAUAAAAAAUUACAAAAAGACUACUUUCAAGUUCAAUGUUGGAUUAGAUCAUACUAUAAUAGCAGUUAAGAGUUUUUAAAUCGCCUGGAUUAUUGUUAUACGUUUGAAAAGAGUGCUUUUAUAUGAUAUGAGCGAGGAAUUUAGUAAUACAAAUUAUUCGAACGAGCUGAAUUUUGUUAGGGGUGAACUAGUCCCCGAUACAUACCCCUAUCCAUCCAUUUCUUGUGCAUAUAGUAAUAUUAGCAGAUCUGGGCUACUCCAAUUGCAAAGGUUAUGGAAUGAAUACUUUGAAACUGAACACUCUUGAAAACUUGAAAGAACUUUGAAACUCCAAACUUUGGAACGUUAUAACACUCUUGAUGACAUAAUCGGUACUCUUACGAUCAAAUUAAUGCAGUAAAUUAUACAAGAAUGUCAGUGAGAAAAAACUUUUGAGCUUUAAAUUCACUCCCCAGUGGGCAGUGAUUCACAGAUACAGUAUUUCCUUAUACAUUUUCCGAGCAUCCCUCUCGAGUUUAUCUAAGCGCCAACCUUAGCAAAAUAAUAAUUCCCGAAUCUACAUCCUGCCCAAAUCCCACUACUCAUGUAUGAUUUUGAAAAACUGUUUUGCAGCUUCAAACUGGAAUGCGGUCUUGGCCUUGUGAGUGUGUUCAGUCCGCAAAUGUAAUGUGAUUAGAGGAGUGUUUUCAACAAAUCGAUCAUCCAUAUUUGUGUAUGGAUCGAAAUAGCAUGACCAAUUUGCAGCACUCGAGAAUGCAAAUUGCCUCACUGAAGCUGAGCCAUUGCAUCAUUACAUGCAUCAUAUUUUGGCGAGCAUGUUGAGUGUAUUCGAAAAAUUGUUAUAGCAGAGAUCUUUGGGUCACUCGUUGUUCAUUGAUACUUGAAUAUUCAUCACUCAUACUAUUCUGAUAGGCGAUUUCUUUUCUUUUUCAAUGAGAUUUCUCAGGACAACAUGAUAUUUUAACGAGAAUAAUAUAAAGUGAAUUCAAGCAAUCUUCGUAGAAAAGUAACCUUCAGGGCACUGGUUUUAAUUAAUAAUGCAAAAUUCAUCUCUCAUCAUUAAUUCUAAUCUGAUUUCCAAUUUCGAAUGAGAUUCCCAGUUCAUCAAUUACUCGAAUUUAGCUUUGAACUAUCAUUUCACUGGAUCAUUAUCAAACCAUGUCCUUAUGUAUCUGGUCUCUAGUGAGAGAUAUCACUUAUCUAUUGUUUCUUUUUCACGGUGGAAAUGUCACUGUUCCAAGAAUCUGUUCCAUCACCACUGGAUUUCAGUCAUUCAAAAUAAUCAAUAUAGUUAUUAUCAAACAAUAUUCCAAUAAUUGAUGAUCAAAAUAAUGAUGAUCCUUGAUAAAAAUUUCAAAAUUGUCAAGGUUAUCAAAGUUUGUUUAACUUUGGUUACCCAUGAAAAGCAUUGAAAAUAGAUUACUUCUACAAGAAUCUUUACUUGAAUGUGGAAAAAUGAUGAAAUAUUGGAAAUAUUCUCAUGAAUGGAAAAAUGCAAUGCGUUUUCGCUAUAAACAUAUUAGUUAUAGUUGAUAUGCAUGGGUUUUCUGAAUGUAUAUAUAUGCUAUUGCUGCUAUUGAUGGAGAAAAUGGUUAAAGUAGCGACAUAAAGUAAAACCUUCGUACUCACUUUGCAAUGUAGCCUAGGUAUAUCUAAUGAGGAAUGGAUGGAAAUCAUAUAGAAUAAAAUAAUUGGUAUAUUUAUAUGUUAAUUGGUUGAAAAUAAACCAUUGGAAAUUCACUUGUCUUGAAGAGUAAUUUUAUAAAAAUCAAAAUAAUAAUUAAUAAAAAUAGAUAUUUAUUUUUAGUAUUCGUUCGCUGUCAUUACCCAAAAUACUAUGAAUACUUCCCAAAUGUUGAUGUUAAAUGUGAACUAUUGUAAUAGAAACAGCAGAAAUCAAGUUUACCAUUCAAUUGUGGAAUUUGAGAAUGAAUAUUGUAAUAAAUGUCUUGCAAGGGUGAUCAGAGCUAAUCAUCCACAAACUAUGACAAUUGGCAUUAUUAAAAUGGUGGAUUAAUUAUUAUCACAAGGAUAUCUAAUUUGGAUUGAAAUGUAUAAUUUUCAAUAUUAAUAUCUAUGAUGUGUCAUGAAUAUUGUUCAUUACUGUGAUAUUAGUGUUUAGAAAGGCAAAUUAUAAGUCAGUGUAACACUCGUGAACUUGAAUUAAUAUCACCUUAGAGUAUUAUGAUGUGUUGUGAAUAAAUCACUGAUGAAAAGCAUUGGAUUGUUAUAUGCUAAUAAUUGCUUUUUCUCGAUUAAAUAUGAGGGUGUAAGCGAGUUUUUACUCUUGCAAGUUUUAUGAGAGUUGUCGUAUUCAACGGUGUUUUAAAUAGUCAUGGCUCAUUGUAAUAAAAUGUUAUUAUCAAAUCGA